AUGGGCUUCCCUGUGCUUCCUUUAUACGGCAACGGUUACCAAGAGGUGAUCGCGAGUAAGCCAUUUUUGACGUUGGCACCCGAGGCGGUCGUCGACGCAGGUCAAUUGAGCAACGUCACUGACGUUUUGAAGUUUGUUCAGUCCACUUGCUCGAAAAUCGCAACCGUUUCGCUGCUGGUGACCAGUCCCGAGCAGUUCUCCGAGGAUGAUUUUGUACAGCUGUUGAACAAUGGGGUGAACACUGUCUACACCAAUUGUGCUCUCGGUGACGCAGUCCCCAAGGAACGUUUGGCCGAAGUGCCCAGCUCCGUCCAGUCCGUCGACGACAUCACCGUGGAUUCCUUCACGGAGGCCCUCUUGGCGAACAUCAGAACGGAUAGAAAGGACGAACUGUACACCACGUUGGUCGUCGACCAGUACAGCAGGGCGCUUGGACUCGUAUACUCCUCUACGGAAUCUAUUAAGCUUUCCAUCGAGAAGCAGGUCGGCGUGUACUUUUCACGGUCCAGAAACGAGAUCUGGGUCAAAGGUGCCACGUCCGGUAACACUCAGCAGCUGCUCUCUAUUGAAAUUGACUGCGAUGGCGACGCUUUGAAGUUCGUGGUCCAGCAGGCUGGCGACGGGUUCUGCCACUUGGGUACCCAAUCGUGCUUCGGCAAGUCCAAGCACGGUCUCUACGAGCUCGAGGCUCUGCUUGCUGACAGGAAGAUCAAUGCAGUUGAGGGGUCCUACACGAGAAGACUGUUCAACGAUGAAGAGCUUUUGAACGCCAAGAUCAAGGAGGAGGCAGAGGAACUCACAGAAUCCGAUUCGAGGGAGAAUCUCGCAUGGGAGGCAGCCGACUUGUUUUAUUUCGCCCUGACCAAGCUGGUUGCCAACGGUGUCUCGUUAAGCGAAGUUGAGAACAACUUGAACCUAAAGAACUUGAAAGUCACCAGGAGGAAAGGUGACGCGAAACCUAAAUUUCUGCCAAGUAAACCAGAGACCAAAACGGACGACUCUUCCGCUCCGAUUCACCUGAAAGUUAUCCAGGGCUCGGACGUUGCUGCCGUGCAAGAGGCUGUAACAAGACCGAUCCAAAAAACUACAGAAAUUAUGCACUUGGUCAAUCCUAUUAUUGACAACAUAAAGAGCAAAGGUGACAAAGCUUUGAUCGAAUACACUGAGAAAUUCGAUGGCGUUCGGUUAUCCACCCCAGUGAUGAAUGCACCAUUCCCACCGGAGAGUUAUCAAGAUUUGAGUGAAGAAAUGAUGGAGGCACUGGACCUGUCCAUUGAGAACGUUCGUAAAUUCCACGCUGCUCAAUUACAGACGGAGCCCCUUGUCGUCGAGACACAACCCGGUGUCACCUGUUCCAGAUUCCCAAGACCGAUCGAGAAAGUUGGCCUUUACAUCCCAGGUGGUACUGCUGUUUUGCCAAGUACCGCUCUGAUGUUGGGUGUCCCAGCACAAGUGGCAGAAUGUAAGGAAAUCGUCUUUGCGACUCCUCCAAGGAAAUCUGAUGGGAAGGUCUCCCCAGAGGUCGUGUACGUUGCCCAAAAAGUUGGCGCUUCGAAGAUCGUCCUCGCCGGUGGCGCUCAAGCAGUAGCCGCGAUGGCCUACGGCACGGAAUCUGUCCCCAAAGUGGAUAAGAUCUUGGGCCCUGGUAACCAGUUUGUCACCGCUGCAAAGAUGUACGUUCAAAACGACACACAGGCUCUAUGUUCCAUCGACAUGCCAGCGGGGCCCAGCGAAGUCCUUGUUGUUGCAGACGAGGAUGCGGAUGCUGAUUUUGUCGCCUCGGACCUGUUGUCUCAAGCUGAACACGGUGUCGACUCCCAAGUCAUUCUUGUUGGUGUCAACUUGAGUGAUGCAAAGAUAGACGAGAUCCAGAGAGCGGUUCACGAACAAGCGUUGGCACUACCAAGAGUGGAAAUUGUGCGUAAAUGUAUCUCCCACAGCACCAUAAUCAAGUGCGACUCCUACGAGGAGGCCUUCGACAUGUCGAACCAAUACGCACCAGAACAUUUGAUCUUACAGAUCCAGAACCCAGACAAGUACGUCGGCUUGGUGGACAACGCUGGAUCCGUUUUCGUCGGUUCGUAUACCCCGGAGUCGUGCGGUGACUACUCGAGCGGGACCAACCACACGCUGCCAACAUACGGCUACGCAAGACAGUACAGUGGCUGCAACACAUCGACCUUCCAGAAGUUCAUCACCUCGCAGAACGUUACGCCGCAAGGUCUGGAGAACAUCGGUAAGGCCGUUAUGUGCGUUGCCAAAGUGGAGGGCCUCGACGGGCACAGAAACGCCGUCAAGAUCAGAAUGAGUAAGUUGGGCCUACUGCCAGAGGGGUUCCAAUGA